GUUGGUUGGUUAAAAAAAAAGACCUAGUGUGUUUGUGUUUGUGUGCUGGCAAUAUUCAAAGUUUUGCCACAGUAGUUUCAUUCAAGAUUUGAUUGUGAUUACAACAACCGACCGAACGACGAAAUCAAAAAAACAACAACGAUAAUGAUGUUCCAGGAUUUAAAUCGUUGAAAUUAUCAUUGCUGUUAUAAUAUUUGCCUUGUUUGUUUUGUUUUUUAAAUUUUGUUCUCAUUAAAUCAUGUCUUUUUUUGUGCCUUUUUAAAAAAAAAAUUAACCACCAUUAUUAAAUACAAUUUGGGCUGAUUUGUUAACUGUUGUUGUUGUUGUUGUUGAAAACAUUGUUACCGAAAAAAAAUGGAUCUACGAUCAAAUGAUUCAAGAAGAUUUUCACAAUCAUCAUCAUCAGUACCAUCACCACAACAACAACAAUCAUCAUCAUCAUCAUCAUUAUCAGCUGUGACCGGUGUUAAAAGUAAAUGGAUUAAAGCAUUUCGUUCAUUAAAAUUAACAGCCGUUGGUGUUGGUUCAAGGAAUAAUGAUCUGGCCGAUUUGGAAGCACAACGUACAUAUCGUAUAUCCGUACAAUUGGGCGUACAUGCAUUUCAGGAAUAUACGUAUAAAAAAAUUACAGCUUGUGAUGUUUGUAGAGAAAUUUUACGUGGUCAUUCUCGUCAAGGACUUAAAUGUAAAUUAUGUAAAAUGAAUGUACAUACUGGCCAAUGCCAGGAAAAUGCACCAAAAUGUCAGCCUAAACCACGUUUACUACGAAAACAGAAAUCAGCAUCUGAAUUGGAGACAAAAAUAACCAUACCACAGAUUGAUGAUGAAAAAUAUCAAAAUUAUGAUCCUGUUUAUCAAUCACUACGUGCUGCUGCUGAUGCUCGUAAAUGUGCACAAUAUGUAACGGAACAUUAUUCAAAUUAUAAUGGUGGUGGUGGUAGUGGCGGUAGUGGCGGUGGUGGUGGUAAACAUAAACAUAAUAAUAAUUAUCAUCAUCAUUAUCAUCAUGAUUCUUCCGGAAGUGGUAGUUCAGGUUCUAUUUCGAUUAAACAAACAUAUGGUAAUGGUCCAUCUAAUUCUGGUGGUGGUGGUGGUGGUGGUAAACAUCAAGAUAGUAAUGAUAGUUUAGUUGGUAGCCAAACAAGUUUAACACAUUGUCAACCACAACAUCAUCAACAUCGUCAACAAGAAACAUCAUCAUCUUCAUGUCCACCACCACAACAACAACAACAACAACAACCACAACCACCACCACCAACAAUAAAAAUGACACAUAGAAAUUCGGAUUCAGAAUUUCAUCAAUCAACUAUUGAAUAUCAUCAACAACAAUAUGGUUCAAUGAUGAAACAACAACAACAACAACAACAACAGCCGGAUAUCCGUUAUCAACAUUAUGGUAGUGGUCAUUCAUCGAUGAAUAAUUCCAAUGAACAAUCACCAAUGAUAACUAAUCGAACAUUACCUGGUUUUGCCUAUCAUAAUAACAAUGGUAAUGGUGGUGGUGGUAUUGUUCCAAUAUCAAUCAAUAAAUCAUCCGUGCCAAUCAUUCAUCAACAACAACAACAUCAUCAUAAUACACCUACAUUAUUAACAAUAUCACAAACACAACAACAAGCUUAUUCGGCACCACAUAGUCCACAUAAAAAGAAAUUAACAUUACGAAUGAAAAGCUUAAGUUUAGAUAGUCCAGAAUCGGCUGAAACAUUAAAAGAUAAAAGGCCAAAUUUUACACCACCAAUACCACCACAAUUACCACCAUUGCCACCCAUUGCCGCCGCUCAUCAUUAUCAUCAUCAUCAUCCUCAUCAUCAUUCACAACAUCGUCGUGAUAUGAUGAAAACUGUUGCUGAACCAUCAUCAUCAUCAUCAUCAUUACCACCAACAGUUGGUCUUGUUGGCCAAUCACCACCACGUUAUGAUUCAAAUGAAAUGAUUAAUCAUUAUUCACCAUAUAAAUCAGCAGCAGCAGCAGCAGCAACAUUAUCAUCACAAUCAUCGAAUGUAUCCAUCCAGCAUCCAACAUCGGCCACACAACAAUCAUCACAACAGCAGCAGCAGCAACCAUCAACUGUUCAAGCACCACCACCACCAUUGCCACCACCGCAGCCAUCAUCAACAUCACAACAACAACAACAAACAGUGGCAGCAGCAGCAGCAGCCGCAUCAUCAAAUCAAUAUCAAAUAUCAAAACGUUUUAAAUUAGGUAUACAUGGCCGUAUGAGAUCAUUUGAACGUGAUGAUCAGAUAUUUGUACAGGAUCUACCACCAUGUUCAAUGUCACCAUGUCCAUCACCGAAACCACAACGUCUAUUACCGACCAACAUAUUUGUUGUAUUAUACAAUUUUCGUAGCCGACAAAUUGAUGAGCUUAAUUUAAGAGCUGGUUAUAUGGUCACUGUAGUCGAUACAACCGAUCCAGAUUGGUGGCAAGGUAAAUGUAUGGGAAAAGUAGGAUUCUUUCCAUCAAAAUAUGUAACAAAAUUAUUUCCCGGUGAACGUCCAUUACAAGUAAUACAUACAGUUCAAUUGACCGAUGGUGAAUUUGCUAUUAAAUUGCUUCGUGAACAGAUUGUCAUUCAAGUAUCGGAAGAGAUGAGUGGCAUCAUAAUGGUACGUACGGGCAUCAACGAUAAAAUUGUUCCCUGUCCAUCGAAAUAUCUUCAAGAGAUAACAUUAUAAACAAAACAAAAUACAAAAUGUAAACUACGAGAGAGAGCUUAUUCAAGAAACUAUAUUUCUACUACUUCUACAAACUACUACUACUACUACUGAUACUGCUACUACCUACAGAAUCGAUUGAAUUAAAUAAUUUCAAGGAAUAGGAAUAAAUUGAUGAGAAAAAGAGAAAAAAAAAAAAAUGUGAAU